AUGAACAUUGGUUCGCUUAUCACACCUCCCAAUGGAACCGGCAUCAACACUCAUACCAUUCUCAUGCGAAUCCAUGGCCUCUGUACCUGGGUUUGUUUUUCACCUCAACGCCGCGAAAAAUUCACUAUCGAUGUGAAAUAUUGUCAACCGGAAAUGUGUGCUAAAAAGAUUCAAGGUCUUGAGAUCGAUGUACCAACUCAUUGGAACUCGAAUUAUUCGAUGUUGCAGCGCGCACUCUCCCUUGAAAAGACAUGUACUCACUUCUUCAAACACAAUGCUGAAGCUUCCAAGUUCCUCCUAUCACCGGCCGAAUGGGAUCAAGCAAGAUAUCUCACACAGCUUCUAGAACCAACGGUGCAACAAGUCCUAUACACGUAUUUCUAG